AUGGAAUUAAAUUUGUUGAAACAAUCUAGCUCAGGUUUAUCUGAUGCUGUUAGUGAUGUGAAGUCUAACAAAAGAAUCAAUAGCCAUCUCGCACAAAAAAACAAAAUUAAAAAAUUAAAAAUUUCCAAUUUUGAACCAAAAUCUAGUUUGAAAAAUUUAAGUGGGUCAGUUAGAGCGCCUAACAAUUCUGCUGGAUUGUUGGAGGGAGAAUGUUCUAUGGUUGAUAAAAAGUGUUUCAUGGUUGAUAAAAAAUUUAGCACUCCUGAGGAGGCAGUUUUUGAAAUGGGGACUGGUCAGACAAUGCAGAAGUAUGAGAGUGAAACGUCUGAAGAGGAUGAUGAGUCUUCAAAUGUAUCAUCUUGUUUUGUACGUCAAAACAAUGAACCUGAAGGUGUUGAUUUUAAGAAUUUUGAUACAGUUAAAAGUUUAAAUCGAUCAAAAUUUGAGUCUGCAUCAUUUGAUCCAACUUGUAAUUCUUUGAGGUCAGGAUCAAUUGAAAAUUUUUCCGAUAAUAAUAAUGUUGUUAUGAAAUUUGAUAACACAUUGGGCAACAGUUUAUUUUCAGCUACAUUUGAUGAAAACUGCUCUAGUUCGCUAGAAAAUUCAUCAAAUAUUUUUGUUUACACAAACAAUACACUUAAUAGCCAUCUUGAAACAGAGAGUGUUCCAAAAUUCUUUAUUCAUCCCUCGCCUGACAAUCUUUUUUAUUCAUCAACUUUUUUUCCCUUUAAUUCCCAUUUUGCCGCACCUAUCCUACUUAACACUUCAAAUCUGAACCGUUUGAAUGGUUCCACCAGCGUUGAACAGUCUCUCAUUCCUAAAGUACAUUCUCUGUGGGAACUGAAGUCACUUCCACUAACGGGCGGUUUCGUACAUGGACUUGUGAAAGUUGAUGACAACACUUGGAUGCCAACGGUUGAACCAUACUUGCCAACAGAUGAUCAAACGAAGCAAGGCGUAAACAAUGCUGAUUGUGGAACAGAAUUACUACAGAAUGAAAAAAGUAACACAAUAAGUUUAAGAUCUGGAAAAGUGUUGCCUUCAACAUUCUUGAAAAAUACAGAUAAACCCUUUGAAACAUCCUCAACUGCACUCUCAUCAAAUAAUGAAGCUGAUGAUAGAAGAAAAAGAGAGAUUCAUGCAGAAAUGAAAAUGAUACUUCCAGACUCUCGAAUUGAUAUUAACGGAUUGAACAGUCCAAUUGUUUCAAGAAGUAUGGACAAGGUGAAAGUGAGUCCUUUGCAUAAACUUCAAAACGUAAAAGUGAAAAAAAGAAAAAUGAAGUAUGAGAUGUCAGAUAAAACCUGGAGCAGGGGCGGAAUAAAAAAUUUGGAACUAAAAACAGUUGUUAGUCCCAUGACAAGAUCAAAAAAAAAGUUGUUACAAAGUCAUGUGUUUGGAUCCAGUCUAAAUAAUAAAUAA